AAUCCGGCUUCUUUAACACAUUCAGACACAGACUUCCAAGCAUUUAAUUUAGCUUCUUCAUUUUUGUAUCCUGCGGAUCCCCUGUCAUACAAAAUAUUUUUACUUUCUAUUACAGCUAUCAAAAAGCUAUCAAAUGUGCCUUCCAUUUUUAUGUUAUCGCGUGUUUGAAAACAAUAACAAACUACUCAAGUCAAGAGCACCAAUACUUUCGUGACAAUUGUUCUUUUAUAAGCCCACUCGAGUAGUACUUAAACUGUUUGCUGAUUGGCUACCAUCAUGGUCGCGCACAGAAAAUAACCUAAAAGUUAAAAGUUAAUGAACUUUCUGUGCGCCGAUCCUGUGCUAUUUUUCUGUGCGCGUGCUAUUUGCCAAUGUGGCAGCUCAUAUCUAAUAGUGUAUGUUGAACUUCUGUGCGUCUGUGCUGUUUGCUUGCUAUUGCGAAUGUAGCCCGGGCUUAACUUGUGUAUCUAACCUCAAAGCAAGGAAUAUAAAGAGUGGGAACUCAAUGCUAUAACAAACACUCUUAUUUUCUUUGGAGAUCCGGGAAAUGUGCUUUAUUUAUAAGCAAAUUAACAUAGUAAAUCGUUAACUUUUCAGAUCUAUGUUGGCAAAAUUGAUUUUUUUUUGUGGUCAUUCGCUACUGGGAAUAUUCACCAUAUAACGUUUAAGAUUAUUUAUUUUGAAUAACGAAACAACCAAAACAUUAUGUAAAAAUGCUUCAUCUUAUGUUAAAAAAAUUAUAAACUGCAUAGCCACAAAGUAUGACAUCAUACCAUUAGUUUCUGUUACUAAUAACAACACGUGCACGCGUUUGAACAGUCAUCGCAGCCAUAGUUGUUUCAUAGCUACCAAAAUCAUUCAACGUUGUCAAGAAUUAUUCCAAAUUAUGUUUUGCCAUUUUACUCAAUGCGCCACUCCGUUAACACAACAUUUUAUAAAUUCUGAACCACGAAUGUCAGUGGGAAUGUACACUAUACUGUACAUUCCAAUCUGAUACGCUUUAAGAAAUUUCUGUAGUUUUCUUAUUAUUAAAACUUAAUUUUUGAUGUUGGCAUCUUUUAACCGCACUUUUUUUUUUUUUUUCGGUGGCCGUACUCCUCCAAUUCAGUUGCGCCCGCCGAUAUCUAAGCGCUCGGAUUUCAACAAAAGGCACCGCCUCUCGAUAGAGUGAAACAGAGAAUUACGCGCACGACCUUGAAAAAAGCGACGCUACAGCGCUCUGGCGUGGAAGCUGGUAACUACGAGUACACUCUUGUGGAAAGAAGAGCUGUCUAGCGGCGGAGCUAACAACUACCUCAGUUUUGGAUCCGAAAAUUGGAAUAAUAAAUCCUAUCCCCUCGCGACUUCUAUAAGUUAUAUAUAUUCAAUGCUAUAACCGAAUUGGACAAAUUUUGGCCCCCAAAAAUUAAAUUUAACCGAAAAUAGCAUAAAAAUUGUGUUUAAACCUGUAAAAUAGGAAAAUAACAGGUUAUAUUAGCGAAAUCUUAAUUUCUGUGAGCAGAUGUGUGAAUUAUCUUUAAAACGAUGCCCCAUAAGUACGGAUGCGAUCACCGAUUGCGUCAAAAUAACCAGAAUACCCUACCACGCCACGUAAGUAUAGCAUCUCAUCCCGCGGCCGCCGCAACAUUGUCCUGCUAUCUAUCGUCGACGCGGGCUGUCUGCUGGCGGCCAUGUUGGUUCGGGAUGUUGCUUACAGGUGGUGCUAGUGUAGCGCGACGAUUUAAUUCCUUGCAGGAGUGCGGCUGCGGCAACGCACGUACGCCUCAAACGAAAUAGUCGCUGGAAAACUAUACUUUUUUCAUUUAAAGAAACCUGUCAACUUUUUUAGAAAAUAAAUUUGGGAUUAAACUCAAACCAUCACCACCCCUUUCCCGGACAGAUACCCCACAACUGACCGAAACAAAAGUUACAAGAAAACUGUCCUAGCGAUUCGGAAAUAAAUACGGUACCUAGUGCCUACUAGAGGUGUAAAAGUAACGAAAAAAUGUGUACCCGUAUGUAUUUGUUACUAUAACAAUUAGUAAUCGUUACUAUCGUUACGUUACUCGUUACUUCUGAUACCGCAUAACAUGCUAUGUUAUGUUGCAGCAACGAAUCCAGUCGUAUUGCGUACGCGUACAGUAUGCCGUCGCGGAAAUAAUAAUAAAUAGAAUAUAAACAAUUAACAAUAUUUGAUAAUUAAUAGUUUUUGUUAACCAAGAAACAAUUAAAUCUCAUUAGAGCGGCUUUUUAAUAUUAUCUCUUUUAAGAUAACAAUAAAAAAACGUGAAAAUACGCGAUUAUAAAAACAAAAAUAUACAUAUUUCUAAUUUGUAAAAAAUACUUUCUUACGUUGUUUCUGUUCCAAUCUCAAACUUUGUCUACACACGGCAGACGGCACAGAUAACUAACGGAUGUUUGAUAAAAGAAAGAAAGAAUGGGAUUCUAUUUUUAAAGCCACGCACUUAGGUGGCGACUGCAAGGCUGAAGAAUGUGACAGGCGUCAACGGCAAGAUGUCUAUCGGCGAGCGAGAGGGGUGGAGAUAAAGCAGACAAAUAACAAAAGCGCGCUUCAAGCGAUCACGCCGUAAAUUCCUCAAAAAUACCUCGUUAUAGCCGUGUUCUCGCUAUUACCGUGCUCGCUAUAACGAGAUUCUACUGUAUAUCAUUCCAACAGGACACACACCCCUCCUGUUAAUGGAAAGUUAGGAUGUAUCCUUUACUGAUUCAGUCUUCAUUCAUUUAGUAAGUACCAUGAAAGUAAGUCCUAAUUAUUUUGAUGCUAGCACAACCUGUGCAUCAACAAAGAAAUACUUUUUCAGCAAUCAAUAUGUAAUUAUUUUCAUUUACAAACUUUUCACCUCAAAUUUGCAGGUAGUUUUAAAUUUUUUCUUGUUAAAUUUAAUCAUUUGACAGUAACGAAUAAAUAAAGAUGAAAGGGUGAAGUCAGUAAUUGGAUGUUUAGGUAACAAACUAUUGGUACAUGUUUAUUAAAAGAUAGUGCCACAAACCCCUGGAAGGCCAUAAAAAUACAUGAAUAAUAGAGAGUGACUUGUCUUUUCAUGAAAAGCUCCAUCUAUGAUUAUGUAGGGAUCCUCUCAACUAUUUGAAAAGUCAAGAAAAAUGGCUGCCAUUCUUUGAGUUGCACUUUUCAAUUAUCCUUGAAGCUUUAAGGGUUCUUUUAGAAGAUAUUCAGGAACAGCUAUUUUAUUUCAAAUAAUUUAAUGCCAGUUUUAUAACUGUCUUUUUGGGCGUAAUUUUAAACACAGUUAUGGUUUCAAAGUAAGUUCAAAAGUUGUGUACCGCUUGUCGAUAAACGCUGAUGUGACUACAGGAGACUACAGACUGUCUAGUUUCAGGGAAUACAGGAAAAGAACUUGAACUGUGAAGGAAUAUUUAAUUUUGUUCUCGUGGACGGCACUGCUGGUGGCGACGAUGGGCGGCCACUCGGACGUGGUGGGCCUGCUGCUGGAGCAGCGCCCCAACGUGAACGCCCUGGACAAGGACGGCUGCACCGCGCUCACCAUCGCCUGCAAGGACGGCUUCCACGAGAUAGCCGUGGCGCUGCUCAACUCGGGCGCCUACAUCAACAUACAGGACCGGGCCGGCGAUACCAACCUGAUCCACGCCGUGAAGGGCGGCCACCGCAGCGUCGUCGAGGCGUUGCUCAAGAAGUAUGCGGAUGUGGACGUCCCAGGGAAGGAGCGGAAGACGGCGGUGUACUGGGCUGUGGAGAAGGGUAACGUUGCUAUCCUGAAGUUUCUCCUGACUGCAAACCCAGACCUGGAGAUCGCUACCAAGGACGGCGACACGCCCUUGUUGCGUGCCGUGCGCAUCAGGAACGUGGAGAUGGUGCAACUGCUGCUUGACAAGAAGGCGCGCGUGUCCGUGGCAGACAAGAAGGGAGACACGGCCCUGCACAUCGCCAUGAGGGCACGCUCCAAGGCGAUAGUGGAGGUGCUGCUGAGGAACCCCAAGCACAGCCAGCACUUGUACCGGCCGAAUAAGGCGGGCGAAACACCCUACCACAUCGACAUGAACCACCAGAAGACCAUUCUGGGCCAAAUAUUUGGAGCACGCCGCCUCAACACCAAUGAGGACAACGAGAACAUGCUGGGGUACGACCUGUACAGCAGCGCUCUGGCGGACAUCCUGAGCGAGCCGUCACUGUCCAUGCCCAUCACCGUCGGGCUGUACGCCAAGUGGGGCAGUGGGAAGUCCUUCCUGCUCAACAAGCUCAGAGAGGAAAUGAAGGGCUUCGCGCACCAGUGGCUGGAGCCCUUGCUGCAGUUGUCAUCAACGCUGGUGUUUGGAGUGGUGUCGCUUGGCGCGCUGGUGCUGGGUGUUGCCGUGUCGCUGGCCACGCGCAACUGGGUGCCGGGUGUGGCCACUGCGGGCGGCGCCGUGCUGCUCUCCUACCUGUUCUUGUUUUUCGUAUGGCACGGCAGCCAGAGGUACGACUGGAGCUGGCCGUACAACUUCCACCUGCACCUCACGCGCCGGAUGAACGCCCUGAAGUUGGUGCUGCAAGUCACAUUCUGCCAUCCACCAGGAGCCACCUGGAAUGAUGCCAUGUCUGCCCAACCAAUCAGGUUCCUGUUCACGGACCACACGCGUGUCAGCAGCACGACAGGGGGGGAGAACAGCCUGGUGCAGAUGCUGGGCUCACUGUACGACGCCAUAGAGAAGGAGUGCGGGGCCGUCAGCACGCGGCUGUACCGAGCGUUCCGCCCUCGAGCCAUAAAGUCAGCGUCGAGCUGGCGGUGGCGGCGCAUGUGCUGUGUGCCGUAUGCGGUCGUGUUCGCGCUGGGGCUGAGCUGCGUGCUGGUUGGGGCGUGCGUGCUGACGCUCUACCUCGCGGACCUCGACGUCUACAAGAGCCAGGCGGAGAGCACGGCACACCCGCCCGUGUCGCCGCCGAGCCAGGCGGGAGCGGGAAACACAUCGGCUUCAUCACAGGCGAGCGCUCCGGAUACGCAGGGAUACGGGUCUGGACGGUCGGACCGGAAGGAUGCGAUCGGCCCGCCGGGUUCUAGAGCUCCGGCGCUCGACCGCACGACGGCGCACAUCGUGCUGGUCACGGUCGGGGCCGCGCUGGCGACGGCAGUGGUUGCCAACGCCUACACCUGGGCGCGCGUGCUACAGGCCCUGCUCUUCUCCCAGCGCUCCCACCUGCGCCGUGCCAUCGCGCGCCUCGACACGCUCAAGUCGGAGGGCUUCCUGCAGUCGCUACGCCAGGAGGUGGCGCUCAUGACGGACAUGGUGAAGUGCCUGGGCAGCUUCACGUCCCAGCAGACGCGGCUGGUGGUCGUGGUGGACGGCCUGGACAGCUGCGAGCAGGACAAGGUGCUGCUGGUGCUGGAUGCCGUGCACAUGCUCUUCUCCGACUCCACCGCCCCCUUCAUCAUCGUCCUGGCCAUCGACCCGCACAUCAUCUCCAAGGCCGUGGAGACCAACAGCCGGAGGCUUUUCAGCGAGUCGAACAUCGGGGGCCACGACUACCUGCGCAACAUGGUGCACCUGCCGUUCUACCUGCAGAACUCAGGCCUGCGCAACGUCAGCGUGGCGCAGAGGACCGCACGGCACCACCGCAAGUCCUCCGCCUGGAACGACGAGGAGGGGGCGGGCGCUGUGCCGUCCGGCACGCUGUCCUCCAUGGGUGCGGGCCGCCGCCUCUCCUCUGAGUCUGCCGUCAUGAACAGCUCGGAGAAGCUGAAACCGCCGCCACCGCGCAAGGGCUCGCGCAAGAUGAAGCUGAGCGAGAGCAUCGCGAGCAGCCUGGGCAGCAACCUGAACCGUGCGGGCGGUCCACACGACCUCACCCGCAUGCUGCUGACUGAUGACUACUUCAGCGACGUCAACCCACGCAGCAUGCGCCGCCUCAUGAACGUCGUCUACAUCACAGGGCGCCUGUUGAAGGCCUUCGACGUGGACUUCAACUGGUACCACCUGGCCAGCUGGGUGAACAUCACGGAGCAGUGGCCCUACCGCACCUCCUGGAUCAUCCUGCACUACGACGCCUGCGAGGACAGCUGCGACGACGGCAUGUCCCUCAAGGCCAUAUACGACAGGUUGCGACCGAUGAUCCCCGUGUCCAAGGAGGUGGAGCCUCUGCUCGAGCUGGACAGAGACGAGAAGAAGUUCGACAUAUUCCUCACGUUCCACCGGAGUAGCCUGCUCGUCAGCGACCUCAAGAUAUUCCUGCCCUUCACCAUCAACCUCGACCCGUACAUCAAGAAGGUCAUCAAAGAGGAGUUCCAGAACGCAGAGGAGUCGUUGGGAAUGCAGAUGGCUGCGCCACCCUCGGCGGCGCCAGUGACGUCCAUGCCCGCCCCCUGGCCGCAGCAGCAGAAGCCCUCGCUGCUAAGACGGCAGAGGCCAUUGAUGCGCAGCUCGACAGUGCAGGGCCCGAGCGUGCAGUACCACCCGCAUGGCUCUUCCUUGCUCGGUUGGCAGCCGUGGAUGAGCAUGCAGGAGCCAGCGCCGCGUCCCAGCGUCUACCCCCAGCCGUCCUUUGCCGCUCAGCUGCCCCCUGGCGUGCUCGACCAGAGGCUGUCGAGCCUGACGGUCGACGACGUGUGCGACCUGCUCGACAAGCUGGAGGACCUGCACGGCCCGCGCGUUGCGCAGUACGCUCGCGCCGUCAGAGACAACAACAUCAGCGGCCGCGUGCUCCUCUUCUGCGAUCUCGGCGAGCUCAAAGAUGUGCUGCAGAUGGGCUUUGGGGACUGGGAGCUGUUCCGCGUACUGGUGGUGUCAUUGCGUGAGCAGGAGAUGGCUCAGCCGGAUGACCCUGCGCUCAAGAACGUGCGCUUCAGCGUCCCAUCCCUGCACGGCCAGCCGCCGCCCCCCGAGCGGAAAGGGUCGGUGUCGAAGUUGGGCAACGUGCAGCCGGACAAAGACAAACUGCUCCCUCGCAGCGAAUCCCGAGCGAGCAGCAAGCAGACCGUCAUGGAGAAGCAGGUGACCUUGGAGGAGCAGAUGAUCUGCGGUGCUCUGCAGACGCUGAACGAGGAGGCGUGCGAGGACGUGCUGGGUGAGGCGGGCGACGCCGCGCUCCUGAGUGGCCUGCGGCCGCCUGACGGCGAGCCAGACUGCGGUGCGCACGGCUGUGAGGACACGCAGAGGGAAGACUCGCCAGUGCACCAGACGGGGGCAGACACGGAUAAGGCCCAGCGUCAUGGCGAGUUGCAACGUGCUGGCUCGUGUAGGAGCGUCUGCACGUCCAGGCAGCUGCAGGUGCUGGCGGCCGACGAGCCGUGCUACUGCUUCGGGCGCUCUGCGGCACGGCGCUCGCACUCAGACGAGGGGCGUGCUCGGGCGCGGCGGUCCAGCUCCUCUCUGGACGAGGGCUCCCCCCCACGCAGCCCCGGCUCCAAGAGGCCGCGCGUCUCCCUCAGCCUGAGCGAGCGAGACGGCGAGGACAGCGAUGACGAGAGCACCCCGCUGGUCUCCGAGGCCUCCGCCCCAUCGACGGGCCCCUACGGUGCCCUGCCGGGCGAGUUCUUCAACAGGGGCUUUGCCGUGUCCAGCGGCUUCGGCAGCGACACGGCAAGUAGCGCAGACUCCCCUUCGUCCGUGACCACGCCCGUCUCCCCGGUUGAUAAUGGCAACGACUCGUCCAGGGACGUCUGCGCGGACCGGAACCUGUCCUCGUCACAUGGCUCGUCCGUAUCGCUCUCUCAGCUCCUGGAGCCGACCGGCAACUACUACCACCUGGUGGUGGCAGGCGGCAACACGCAGGAGCAGGUGUCUGGGGGGAACUCCCGCCGAUCAUCCGGCUCGCUGCCACGGCAGGAUGCACUGGAUUCCCUCAGAGAGCCCAACGAGAACCCAGAGACCACCGUCUGACGCUUCCUUCGUUGACCAUCUUGCUGGAGUCUAAUGUUCUUACCUGCUAGGGGCCACAGUGGUUGAGUGGCCAGAUUCAGGUGAUCCGGGUUCACGUCCCUAUGUGGUCAAACCAUAGGAUUUGUCCACAAGUGGGAGAUGUGGCAACAAUUGCAAUGAGUCCGUGAGGUUUCGUGGGGUGCUCUUGUUUCCCCCGUCUAUUCAUUCCGACAAUGAUUCAUUCUCAUCUCAUCAUUGCUUACUGUAUAUAAUGACUUUUUCAACAAGCCACUAUGACCAUUCAUUUCAUUUCUUUCUUGCAUUGACAGUGAGGGAGUGCAUUACCGAGUUUUAACUCGAGGAGAUAAGUCUUUUCCAUAUUAGGAUUUUUUCUAUUUUAUUCAGUUUCUAAAAAUUUAUUCUAAAUCUUUUUAACUUUAAAUGAAUGAAAAUAUCCUCCCAAGUUUUUACACGUGAAUGAUGAUGUGUUGACCAGCUCGGAAGCUGGUAGGAAUCCUUAGCCAUCGCCACAAAAAGGGGGCAGGGAUAUGACUGGAGUGUACUAGGCAAGGUAAUUCUACGUUGUUCGCCAUUGUCUUCCACAGCAUGGUUCUGAAGGGAUAACACUAGGUACAGCCCUGAACCUCGGAAAGUAAAUUUCCCACAAGCAAAAAUAUCCCCGACCCGGAACCGGAAAUCGAACCCAGAACUCUUGGCUCACCCGCCGGGGGAGCUCUAACCACCGAGCAAGCAGGUCGCACUUGCGCCUCGUUUAAUUCCGAUUUUACUAACUGGCUGUUGUUUACGACUGUUGGGAGGCAGUAGCUGAUGAUGUCACACGUAGAACUGAAACCAUUGUAAUAAUAACACUAGUCUAUUAAGGCAUAUGUCAACAAGUGUCAUAUGUCAUGUGUAGCCACAAAAUGUAAUAGGAACACAACUCUGCAAACACUAUAUGAUAACUUUGGAAUUUAUGACUCUAUACAUAUAAUAUAAUUACAUUUUAUGAAUUGAGUUGCUAAUUUUGCUUGUGUCACGAAUGCACAGAUAAUAAAAUAUUAUUCUCAAGUGGCUCGUGUAAUCUUAAAUGGCAUACAGAAGCCAAAACAUGUGAAAUGUGUGAGGUUGAUUAUGCGAUAUUGUUCGACUUUUUGUCUGUACAAAACAAACUCAAACAAGUUUCAGUGUGACUGUCUCUUCAUCCCAUAGAGGCUAGUUUCUUGCUGUCUCUGUUGAGACAACGCUGCUAGUGAACUCUUGUACAUUUGAAUACACUAAUAGUCAAUUGUGACCACGCUGAAAGGUCCCUUCAUAUUUAAUGUUACUUAUUAUAUCGCCAUUUUCUUCAAAACUUUCGUGAAGGUGGGACAAGGAUGCUGUAGUCAAGUUGUCAGAUCACUUGCCUCCCCACAAGGUGACCCGGGUUUUUAACUGCCGGCAGGGUCGAACCCUCAGUUGAGGCUAGUCGAAAAUGUUACAUGGUGGGUUUUCUCAGGGUGCUCAGGUUUCCUCCCUCCUGUUAAUUCUGUUUGGGCUCGAUUCACAUCUAACCACCCCUCACCAUCUCUAAUGACCCCAAUGUCAACAAGAGAUUUGCCAUAGUUAGUUCUAUCAUGUCAUUCAAUCAUCAUUCAUUUGAUCAAUCAUUAACAAAUGACAAUGCUCUAAUUGAGCCUGUUGGAAGGAAGUAUACAGAAGGCUGUGUGUGCGUUAUGCACAAUUAUUUGCUCUCUAUUUUUUUAUGUACUUAAUAUUUAUUACAAAAUGCAUUUUAUCUCAUGGCAAAGGGGUGAAAAUAUGACAUACAAUUUUGUAGGUUCAGUGUCAUUUGUAACUGUUUUUAGAUACAUGGAUAUUUAUUUGUGUGAUUAUUUUUAAAUGUUAUUUUUUAAAACUAAUUGUUUAUAUUUUGUGUAGCUAAGAACUUCCUCUUGUUAAAAUAAGCACUAGAGAAUGAAAAAGUCUAAGUAAGUUUCCUUCAUGAAAUAAACUUAUUAUGAUUUAAAU